CCAGUCAUCUCCCUGGGGAAUAGGAGGAAGGUUUGAGCAACGGACAGCAUGAUGGGAUGUAGUCAUAUAAAAACGGCAGGUUAAGCAAAGGGAGCCCAGUCGUACAUCUCCGGAGUGGAUCGAGCGGCUCGGUUCUGCUGUGGAUUAUAUUAGAGGAAGAGGAGACCCGGAUAACUUAACUCCUGCGCUGCCGUGCUGCAGAACCCACCACGUUGGAGUACAGAAAUCAGAUAAACACCAGUGUAUAACAAGGCACGGUUGUGCCGAGGUCACCACCAAGAAGGUAGAACUCCGGCGGGAGGAGGCCGUAAGUCACCAUGCAGCCACUGGUUGAACUGGUUUCCAAAGUGGACACAGGAAGAUGUGUGUGCAUUGAAAUAGCCAACAAGACCAGUUCUAUCACCUUAUCUUCUCCAAGCUCCUACUGUAAAAGCGGCUUUGUGUAUUGCCCGCCCCCUCCCACCAUCUCUCCUGGUAACGUGGACCACUGUAUGUUUGUGAAAACGCCAUCGACGGCCUGUGGCAGCGUGGGAGUCCUCACCUAUCACUACUCUGAAACCCACACCAUCGCAAUCCUCUUUUCUAACCCUUUUGAUUACAACAUACACAGCAUAUAUUUCGGUGCGCUGAUCACCGAUGAAGUCCGUAAGGCCGACCAGGCUCUUUACAACGAGAUGUACCACUAUGACGGCCAAAGUGAUCAUCAGAAACUAAUUGAGGUCACUAGAAACGGGGAGUCCUUGGGCGUUCAUCUUGGCCACGUGAAAGUUUUAGCCACAAUGUCCAAUGACAAAAAGGCUAUCUUGAGAGUAGAGAUUUUAGAGACAGGGGCAUAGGCUACUGAGAGCCGUCAUUCCAACCCAAUGGACCAUUGACUGAUUUAGUAAUAUAGGUGCUAAAAUACUCUAGUACAGUUACCCACCACUCAGGUCAUUUUCUACUUUGUAACAUAGGAUCUAAUUGGUUACAAGUAGUAACUGCAAUGGAGUAACUUAACAUCUAUGUAAGAUGGGGGCUAAUUUGCCAAUUAUUUAUUGUGUCGUUAUACUGGAUAUCACUUGGCUAUCAUAUUCAUAAAUGCCAUCACAACUGCUUACACUGCCUUUCAAAUAAAGUAUUAACAUGUGCAAA